AUGUCAGAUCGUGGUAGUUCAUCCAGGGGCUAUCGAGGUGGAAAUAGAGGCGGUCCUCCAGGUAAUCCACGCGGAGGCUCUACGCGUGGAGCUCGAGGUGGUGGCUACGGAGGUCAUUCUGGAGGUGGAUAUGGGGAAGGAGGCGGAAGAGGUGGAUACGGAGGGGGAUAUGGAGAUGGUGGAAACCGUGGUGGCUAUGGCGAUGGUGGAAAUCGUGGUGGCUAUGGCGAUGGUGGAAACCGUGGUGGCUACGGAGAUGGAGGUAACCGCGGUGGCUACGGAGAUGGAGGGAAUCGUGGCGGCUACGGAGGAGGUGGUCGAAAAGAAGUUCGGGUUUUCAGCGAUCCAAACGCUCCUCUGACGGCUCCGGAUCCGCAACACAAAAAAUUGGAAGAUGCCUUUAUGGCCAAUGCCAAAAGCAUUGCUGGAAAAUUGGCAACGGUUUCAUUAGACUCGACAUUACCGCUUCGUCCAGGUUAUGGAUCCCAAGGUCGGCCCAUAAGUGUCUAUGCCAACUAUUUCAAAGUUGACGUUCCGAAAAACCUCACACUUGCUCGCUACAACAUCUCAGUUUCGCCUGAAGCAAAGGGUAAAAAAAUGGCACGUGUUGUAGGCCUUCUUCUCGAGAUGCCCGAAUUCAUUCACGCAUCGACCCGGUUCGCUACCGAUUUCAAGUCGUUCCUCGUCGCUUCUCAACCUCUCACAAAUAUGCCAGAGCAAUGGAAUAUAAAAUACAGUUCGGAAGGCGGCAAUGAGCCUGGAGAAAAUUCUAAAGUAUUUGCCGUAAAGCUCCAGGAACCAGCUUUUUUUUCUGUCUCCGAUUUUGUCAAAUACCUCUCGAGCACCAAUGUCAAAGAUACCUUCAAUCAAGAAGAACAGAAAUCGAUCAUUCAGUCCCUGAACGUCGUUUUUGGGCAUCAUCCUCAGUCCAUGUCAGGCGUGACCACUAUUUCAGGGAACAAGCAUUUUUCAUUGUCACGUGGACCAAACAACAUCAACAUAAAGCCCCUUGGUGAUGGUCUUGAAGCAUAUCGCGGCUUUGUCAGGAGCUCCCGUGCAGUGACCGGUGGACUCUUACUGAAUGUAAACGUAACCCACGCCGUCUUUUUUGAAACAACCAAUCUAGCCGCACUCUACCGGAAGAUGGGCACUCAGAAUCGGGUAAAUUUGAAAGAUAAGCUAAAGGGUAUGCGGAUUCAAGUGACACAUUUCCCUCCUAAACUAAGUAAGGUAACGGGCAAGCCAAUCCCAAGAGUACGGACUAUCCAAGGACUUGCCAACACUUCGGAUGGUGCCAACGAAGAGCACAAACCAGAGGUUCUAGGUUUUGGCGCUGGCCCUCAAAAAGUUAAGUUUUGGAUUUCUGAAAGCCCACCGACGGAGACUCCUGUGAAAGGGGCUAAAAAAAACUUGCUACCUUCCAACACAUACAUUAGUGUAUAUGACUAUUUUAAAAAAAAGUAUCCAUCAAUUGAACUUGAUCCAAUUAAUCCUGUUGUCAAUGUCGGAAAUAGCGAGCAUCCUAGCUAUCUACCUGCCGAAGUCUGCCAAGUGUUGCCAGGGAACAAGGUAAACCGUCGGCUUAGUCCCAAACAAACGCAAGAAAUGAUCAAAAUGGCCUGCCGAACUCCAUAUGAAAAUGCCGAAUCACUAGUCGGAGACGGUAAGUCUAUUUUGGGUCUCAACCCUUCAGACAAUUCAACUGCCUCUCAAUUUGGUCUGAACAUAAGUAAGAGUCUGCUUGUUGUUAAUGCCAGGAUGCUACCUGCACCCCCCAUAAACUAUAAAGCAGCUCGUGUAAAUGUUUUAAAUGGCAGCUGGAACAUGGCCAGACAAAAGUUUCAUACCAACGCUCAACUUGGUGUUUGGUCAUUCGUUCUUUUCAAACCUCCCCCAUCGAAUUCCGGACCUAGGUUAGAGGAAGAUAAAAUCAGAAAAUCAGUACUUGGCUUUAGGGAUUUUCUUGAAGGUAAUGGUAUUAAUGCCAAGGGAUUGGUCCCAGGAGGUGUAGUCGUGGACCUCGUCGGAGGUGAGAAUGCUACUCAGGUUAAUACUGAGACCAUUGGCCUACUAUUCAAACGAAUGUGCGAGAGCAAAAACAAGCCCAAAUUUCUCUUGUGUGUCAUUGUCGCCGAUGAUCCUGGAAUUUACAAUAUCAUCAAGACAGUUGGAGAUACCAAGGCUGGAAUUCACACCGUCUGUGUUAUUGGUAGCAAGUUUACGAAAGAAAAGGGCCAAGGUCAAUACUUUGCUAAUAUUGCAUUGAAGUUCAACCUCAAAGCUGGAGGGAUCAACCACACUAUAGACCCUACAAAAUUAGGAAUCAUCAGUGAGGGUGAAACAAUGGUUGUAGGCUUGGACGUUACUCACCCGUCUCCCGGAUCAAAGCUUGGCACACCAAGUUCAGUUGCAAUGGUUGCAAGCGUUGACAAAGUUUUGGCUCAAUGGCCAGCCGACUUUAGGAUCCAAAUGGGUCGCCAAGAAAUGGUCAGCGAUGUCGAGGGCCUCUUCUUGGGACGCCUCAAACUCUGGUAUCAGUUCAACCGCAAAUAUCCAAAGAAUAUCGUAUUGUAUCGUGAUGGCGUGUCAGAGGGACAAUAUGAUAUUGUUCUCAAUGAUGAAUUGCCUGGAAUCCGAAAGGCUUGCAGGCAACUUUAUUCACCGGAAGAAACAAAACAAGGAUUACCUCGGUUGUCAAUCAUUAUUUGCGGGAAGCGGCAUCACACUAGGUUUUUCCCGACGACAAUGGCUGGGACCGAUAGGGCUUCUAACUGUCAUCCCGGAACUAUCGUUGAUCGUGGCGUGACUCUAGAUCGUACUUGGGACUUUUUCUUGCAGCCGCAUAGCUGCAUUCAGGGUACUGCUCGUCCGUGUCACUACUUUGUUAUUUUGGACGAGAUCUUUCGAAGUCGGGAUGCCAAGCCUCCACUUCAAAAUGUUGCGGAUUGCCUCGAAGAUUUGACCCAUAACAUGUGUCAUCUGUUCCAGCGUGCUACCAAGGCAGUUAGCUUAUGCCCUCCUGCAUACUAUGCCGAUCUACUCUGUACAAGAUUGAGAUGCUAUCAGUCUGACCAGUACGAUCCUUCAGAAGAUGGCACCGCGGAUAAUAGCCAGGCAUCUCAAAUGGCAGCGCCUUUGAUUCAUAGUCAGCUCAAAGAUUCGAUGUACUAUAUUUGA